CACCCAAAAACAGCAAUCAAGCAUCAUGAUAUUACGGUUACUUACCGGUUCCUUCCGGCACCAUAUCACUUCAUUGUCACCGGGAAAUGUAGUUACUGCCAUUCGAACGCAGCUCCCAAAACCACUAUUUCUACCACAAAGCGCUAAGCUAUGCUGCACAGGCAGCCGUCUUGCGGUCAAUCCAGUAGCGGCUCGUGUCUACGACAUCAACACCAAAGUGAUCAAAGAUGUAAUGCUAUACAAGUACGAAAAUCCACGGUUCUACCGGAUCUUGAAUAUGUUCGCCAUCAGCCAGUUUCUAUUUUGGGGAUAUCUGUCGCAUUUUGCCUACACUACGCUGAGAGAUGCGCCCGUUCCCGAUGACAAACGCGAUGAUCUGGCUUGGUACGAGAGGAUUAACCUGGGAGAGAAUAAAUACCGCAACGGCAUUGCAAUCAUGUCUUUUGUGAUAGGAUACGGUAUUCUAUUCACCUCGUGGAUGUUCACAUUACGAUCGAUACGCUUUUUGAUUCUUCGGAAGGGAGGCGAUAAAGUGAGUGUGGUCACCUACGGCCCAUUCGGCAAGAAUCGUAUAAUGGAAGUUCCCCUGAACUGCAUUUCGGCGCAUGAAUCUAGGGAAGCUGCGCGCGUUACAAUUCCUAUAAAAAUUAAGAACCGCUCCUUCUUCUAUGUCGUGGACAAAAAAGGCGAAUUCACUAAUGCUCGUUUGUAUGACUACACCGUUGGGAUGAGAAGGAAUUGGAAGUAGUGCUUGUUUGGUUUAUAUAAAC